CUAACAGUGGGAUGAUGUUCUAAAUGGAUGCAAGGAAGAUCUCAUGACCCCUCGGCAAGGGCCACCCCCAGGCCAAAUUGAAUAACCCCAUUCUCUCACUGUUUUAAUUCCCCAUACAUGUACCAUGCCAGCUGGGCACCAGCAGUGGAGGGUCCACACUAACUGCAGCUGUGUUGUGUAACCCCGAGAAUAGUCAGCAUUUUCACAAUCUCUUUACAGUCUCACCAGUAAGACAGUAAUCAUUACACAGAACAAAUAUCGAGACCAGAACAAAUACGAGGAGGAGGAGAUACAAUAAACAUGUCAAAGUUCAGUUGCUUUGGUCAGUAUUAAAAAGCCAACUCCAUUUCAUCUACUCUUCAACCUGUGGUUUGGUUUCUUUGGUUGUGGAAACAUUAUCUGCAACCGGGUAAAAUCUGCCAUGAUGCGUGCGGCCUUGUGUAUCUGGAUCGUAUCAGCAGUGGUCUGUCUGGGGAGAGGCCAUCCCAGUGAAGGCCAUGUUGAAGUUCAAGAGCAACAACCAACUGAGCCGGACAACAGCACCAGAAUCUUCUCACUGGUGACUUCAGCCAACCAAGAUUUUGCUUACCGCCUGUACAGGCAGCUGGCAGCGCAGUCAGACUCUCAAGGCAAGAACAUUUUCUUCUCACCAGCAAGUGUGACCCUUGCCCUGGCUGCCUUGUCUGUGGGGGCUCGGGGAGAGACCCACCAGCAGCUUUUCAGUGGUCUGGGCCUCAAGAGCCCUUUGCUGACACAGACAGGCGUAGCUCAGGCCUUUCACACGCUCCUCAGCAAGUCAUCUCAGGAAGACGUGAGUGCAGGAACGGCUGUGUUUGUGCAUGACACCUUCAACCUACGGCCCGAGUUCCUGGAGGUCUUGAAUCAAUCAUAUGCUGCAGAUGGGUUCAGUGUAGACUUCACCAAAAGUGUAGAGAGUGCAAAUACCAUCAAUAAAUAUGUGGAGGAGAAGACGAGUGGGAAGAUAAACAAGCUGGUCGAUAGCCUGGAUCCAAGCACACUUAUGUAUCUCAUCAGCUACAUAUACUACAAAGGGAAAUGGCAGAUUCCAUUCAAACCUGAGGAAACCAAGGAGGAGAUGUUCCAUGUCGAUGAGCAGACUGAGGUUCCUGUCCAGAUGAUGAAUGUAGAAGACACAUUUAAAUUCUACCAGGACCAAGGGAUUUCCACAUCAGUCCUCUGCUUACCCUUCAACAGCUCCAUGUCCAUGCUGCUGUUGCUGCCUGAUAAGGAUCUGGCUGCACUGGAGAGCAAGAUCUCCCAGACCGAGGUUACCAAAUGGCUUAAGUGGAUGAAUCCCAGGGAAUUAGAUGUGUUUGUUCCUAAAUUCUCCAUCAAGACCUCCUACUCCCUGAAGGACGUCUUGAGUGUAAUGGGAAUGACGGACAUGUUUGGUGCCACAGCAGAUUUGAGUGGCAUUUCAGAGGAAGCGAUGCUGGCAGUGUCAGAGGUUGUGCACCAAGCCACUUUGGAUGUGGAUGAGACUGGCGCCACGGCUGCAGCUGCUACAGGGAUUGGUUUGAUCCCUUUGUCCUACCGUCCAGUCAGCACGGUGAAGUUUGACCGUCCAUUUAUGGUUCUUAUCAUCGACCACAGCACAGAGAGCAUCCUCUUCAUGGGCAAGAUUGUCAACCCAAAUAUCUGAUGAUGAAAAUACUUUGUGUUCUCUCACACACAGCUGAUAAAUAAAAUAUG